GCACCGACGGCUCCGCGCCCCGCGGCCGCCGCCCGCCCCGCCGGGACCACGCGCUGCUGCCGCCGCCGACUGCAGAACUGCCUCUACAACGUGCUGGAGCGGCCCCGCGGGUGGGCCUUCGUGUACCACGCCUUCAUAUUCCUGCUCGUCUUCAGCUGCCUGGUGCUCUCCGUCUUCUCCACCAUCCAGGAGCACCAGAAGUUGGCCAACCAGUGCCUCUUCAUCCUGGAGUUUGUCAUGAUCGUGGUGUUCGGGAUGGAGUACGUCAUCCGUGUCUGGGCGGCCGGCUGCUGCUGCCGCUACCGGGGCUGGCGGGGCCGCCUGCGCUUCGCCCGGAAACCCUUCUGUGUGAUAGAUUUCAUCGUCUUCAUCGCCUCGGUGGCCGUCAUCGCGGCCGGCACGCAGGGCAACAUCUUCGCCACCUCGGCGCUGCGCAGCAUGCGCUUCCUGCAGAUCCUGCGCAUGGUGCGCAUGGAUCGCCGCGGCGGCACCUGGAAGCUGCUGGGCUCCGUGGUGUACGCNNGCCCGCAGGAGCUGAUCACUGCGUGGUACAUCGGAUUCCUGGUGCUCAUCUUCGCCUCCUUCCUCGUCUACCUGGCCGAGAAGGAUGCCAACGGGCAGUUCGCCACCUACGCCGAUUCCCUCUGGUGGGGCACGGUGACGCUCACCACCAUCGGCUAUGGGGACAAGACGCCGCAGACGUGGCUGGGGCGGAUGCUGGCGGCCGGUUUCGCUCUGCUCGGCAUCUCCUUCUUCGCGCUGCCUGCGGGUAUCCUGGGCUCUGGCUUCGCCCUCAAGGUGCAGGAGCAGCACAGGCAGAAGCACUUUGAGAAGAGGAGGACCCCAGCAGCAAACCUGAUCCAGAGAGCUGCUCCUAAUGUUUGAGCACUUGCACCGAGCCCGCAACGGAGGAUUUAGGAAUUCAGAGGUGAAAAAAUGGCCUGACGGAGCCCCGCCGCCGUAUCAGCCCUUCUUCACCUCUGGCCAGAAAAGCCCCAUCCCCGCCGCGUGUGCCGGGGACAGCUGGAAGGAGGAGGACGCGCAGCCCCACAAGUGCUUGAGCCUCAGCACCAAGAUGGGCAUCAAGGAGCGCAUCCGCCUGGGCUCCCCACAGCGCCUGGGCAGCCGCGGCCGCCUGCACCUGGCCCCCCCCCUGCACCGCUCCCCCAGCACCGAGGCCGUCCCCGAGGCCCCCAGCCCCAGCAAGGUGCACAAGAGCUGGAGCUUCAACGACCGCACCCGCUUCCGCGCAUCGCUGCGGCUCAAACCGCGGCUGCAACCUGAGGCAGAGUGCCCGCCGGAGGACAGCGGCGAGGAGAAGGGCUCCCACUGCGACCUGACCUUCGAGGACAUCAUGCCGGCGGUGAAGACCCUGAUCCGUGCUGUGCGGAUCCUCAAGUUCCUGGUGGCCAAGAGGAAGUUCAAGGAGACCCUGCGGCCCUAUGAUGUGAAGGACGUCAUCGAGCAGUACUCGGCCGGGCACCUGGACAUGUUGGGCAGGAUCAAGAGCCUGCAGACACGCGUGGACCAGAUCGUGGGCAGGGGGGGCCCCGCUGCCGACAAGAAGAUCCGGGAGAAGGGGGAGAAGGCGGCGCUGGAUGCAGAGCUGGUGGACGAGCUGAGCAUGAUGGGCCGCGUGGUCAAGGUGGAGCGGCAGGUGCAGUCUAUUGAGCAGAAGCUGGACCUGCUGCUCGGCCUCUACUCGCAGUGCCUGCGCAAGGGCUCGGCCAACUCCUUCAGCCUGGCGGCCGUGCCGCUGCCCCGCGAGCCCGACAUCACCUCGGAUUACCACAGCCCCGUGGAGCACGAGGACGUGUCGGCGUCAGCCCAGACGCUGAGCAUCUCCAGGUCGGGCAGCGCCAACAUGGACUGAGCAGCGGGACGGGGCCGCGGGGACGGCUCCGACCAGGGGUGUGGGGGGGGUGGGGCAUGGGGAUGUGGGGAGCACCCCGGGCAUCGCUGGGCCCCACGGAGCUGCGUCCCUCGCUGCGUUACUUGAACCCGGUGUCCUUGCGGGUGGGCAGCAGCCGCGCUCUGUGCAGGGCGCUGCGGUGGGGAUGGGGAGGGAGCAGCAGCACUGGGGCGGGUGCUGCCUGCGGGGGCUGGGAGCCCGCCUCCCUACAGGGGUCCUGAGCAUCCCAGAGCUGCACCGGGACCAGCACAGCUAUGCAAGGCUCCGGCUCUGGAGCUGAGCCUUUGGGCACGACCCCACGGGGUUUCAUUGGGGCGGGGGGGCUGACCCCACUGCCAGGGUUCCCCCUGCUCGCAGGGCUGCGGCUGCACCCCCAGAAGCGCAGCAGAGCCUUCUGCCUGCCCCCGCAUGCUCCCAGGGCAGUAUCUAUCUAUAUACAUAGGAGACAGAUAUGCAAUAAUGUCUUAAUAUGCAACACCCCCGGGAAGAGCCACCCGGGGGACAUACGUAGGCAAUAAGCACCCCCUGCCGGCACGCGGGGCUGCGUCCUGCUCCCCAGGGGGCUCCGACCCCCCCGGAGGAUGCUCCCAGGGCUGGGAGGCCGGGCGGGGGGGGGCAGUGGUCCACCAGGAGCAUCCCUCCCAGCCCCCGCUGGAGGAGCCCUUCCCUGCUCGUCCCUGUCCCCUGGGGGUGACUGCGGUGGGGACAGCGCGGCGGUGGCAGCGCCCUUUGCACGCUGCUUGCACCGGGGCUGCUUUCCAGUCCCUCAUCGCAGUAGUGCCAAAAUUUACUGGUACCCCCCGGGGGAGGGGGGGGGCUCAUGGGACCCCCUUUUGCCUUUGGAUCGUGGGGACCCCAACCCCACCGUGCUGCUGCUCCCAGCAGGGCUGCGCCCCGGGGUGCCCCCAGCCCCUCCUUUCCCUCCGUAGUGCAUGUGAACAGCAUGGGCUGUGCUCGCAGCCCCCCCCGGCUGUGCCGCGGGGCCGGGGAUGCCCAGGGGGUGAUGCGCGGCCGUGCCGUGGGUGCCCGGCCCCAGAGUAAGGGUGCAUGUGACAGCUUCACCCCCAGCCCCGCUCAGUCCUUGACCCAUAGGGUCCCUCCCCGGGGCUGGCUGGGCCCCACAGACCCCCCUCCUCCUCCCCCAGCCGCCCGUAGUUACCUCACUUUAUUAACUUAAUAACUUAUUUCUUUCAUUAAACUUUGAAGUAGACGCCG